AUGUUCCUAGAGGUCAGGAAGUUCAAUGAUUCUAUAUGGACAGCACUGUGGUGUACAGGGAUCAUGCUAUGUUCCCUGUUCUCUAUCAUCAUGCUGUUUACAACUCCCACAUCCGACCGGAAACCUGGGGUGACACUACCAUAUACCAUCCUCCUACAUACUGUACCCCUCAUCACUAUCCUCACUUUCGUGAGUGCAUUCGUGGCGUAUACUCAUGUGCUCCUUUCACGGAUAUUCGUACGGCCUGUGAUGAUCAUCACGUUCGUGUUUAUCCCCGCGGUGUUGUUCAUAUCUGCAAUUUGGGCGUUUGUAGGAAGCUUCAUGUGGGAUGGGGAUACCAAGCCAACAUGGGGAGAAACUACAGCACUUCGCUUGUUCUCUCUUAUUCCCUUGGCUCUGUCUAUUCUUACAGCUCGGAGACUUUUCGGUCUUCCUAGAGAUAUACAUUCCACGUCGUCGACAUUAACGUUGUCUACCCAGCUCCUAAUGGCCAAUCCUCUCCUUCUCGCACUUUCUCCAACCAUCCUCCUCGCCACCCUCCUUGCAUCAAUACCUCCCGACGCCCUCCCGCUGCCCUCAAUGUCAACACACAUGAUUCAUGCUGCUUUGAUGCAUUCUACUGGGCCUUCUCUAGGCACAGUUGUUCUUUUAGCCCUGAUUUUAAUAGCUAUCAGACUUUUGACGCUUUUAACGGUCUUCUUUUAACGGUUACCUUUGUAUAUGCCCGCUCGGGCGCUGUUUCUUGUUACUGGGAUCCGAGUAGUCAUUGGCUUCUUGGAGGGUAUCACCAUAGCAUUGAGCAAGUAUGCGCUGGUGUAUGUGGGCAUCA